AAUUCAAUUCACAGCGGUCACCUUGCGUCUUUCAGCUACUAUUGUCGUAGUUGAGAAUUAUCUCGAGUUUCUCAAAGCGUUCCUGUUGGGCUUAGUGUUGCCACGACUAAGGAAUGAUUUGUCAAGAGACGCUCUACCAUGGAGGGAGUUCUAUAUAAAUGGACUAAUUAUAUCAGUGGUUGGCAGCCCCGUUGGUUUGUUUUGGAAGGAGGCACACUUUCCUACUAUGACUCCCAAGAAGAUGCAUGGAAAGGAUGCAAGGGCAGCAUCAAAAUGUCUGUGUGUGAAAUACAGGUUCACCCAUCAGAUUUUACAAGGGUUCAUCUGAUCAUUCCAGGAGAGCAAUACUUUUAUCUCAGGGCAAUUAAUGCAGCAGAGAGGCAGAAAUGGCUUGUGGCAUUAGGAACUGCAAAAGCCUGUCUCACAGACAACCGAACCAAGAGAGAGAAGGAGCUACAGGAGAAUACGGCGGUUCUGAAAACAAAAAUGUCUGAGCUGAGGCUGUACUGUGACCUUCUCCUCCAGCAAGUGAACAAAAUAAAAGAUGAUCCUCUGGCUGAAAAAACUGACAAUUCUGGGGAGGACGGUGAUGAGACAGGAAGACUAGUGAAGUCCACAUGCACCACCUUCUUAAAGACUCUGGAAGAGUGUAUGCAGAUCGCCAGCCGGACCUUCAAUCCAGACCUCAUUGGUCGAACUCCUCCAGGCUCUCCCCCUGUGGCUACCAUCAAACCUCAGAAGAUCAAACUUGCUGAUUCAAAAAAUCAGUACCCUGGAGAAAAACAGAAGGACUCAAUAAAAAUCUCAGGUAGUACAUCAGCACAUGAGAGUGGACAGAAUAAUGAACCAGCUCCAUGUACACAAGAGAACAAACCAACAUCUCCUGCAGGAAGCAGUUUAAUUGAGGAACAUGAAGAACCUUUGAAGCCUUACAAUGGUUCUACAUCAAGCACACAAGACCCUGAAGAGACUUUAUCUCCUGCAGGAGAGGAGGAGAAGGACAGACCAACAGAAGAAGCAGGCUACGCGAAAGAAGAUCAACAGAGCACCACACAGAACAAAGAGCAAAAGGUCAAUGAAGAAAUGUAUAAUGUAGAAGUGAAUACGCCUCCGUCUGAUGGCAAACAUGAAGAGGAAGAUAAGGUGGAUACAUUCUUCAGUACCAUGAGCCACAGAUUUAGUGAUAUAAUACUGGAGGACGGCAGUGGUAUUCCUACACAGGCCUUUUUGGAUUCUUGCUAUGCUAUAGUACCAGUUUUAGACAAGCUUGGACCAACUGUCUUUGCUCCAGUUAAAAUGGAUUUUGUGGGAAAUAUUAAGAAAGUCCAACAGAAGUUGGUGUCGGAUCCUGAGAGUUUCCCCACUCUGCAGAGCAUCGUGCUGCAUGAGGUGGAGACAGAGGUGGCACGGGUGCGAAAUUCGGCCACAGAAGCGCUGCUUUGGCUCAAACGUGGUCUGAAGUUUCUCAAAGAAUUCCUCUCUGAAAUCAACACAGGGGAGAAGGAUGUGCAAGGAGCUCUUAAUAAUGCAUAUGGAAAAACACUAAGGCAAUUUCAUGGAUGGGUUGUGCGAGGUGUUUUUGCACUGGCUUUGCGGGCUGCCCCAUCCUAUGGGGGCUUCAUGGCUGCUCUGGUCUCUAAUGAAGGCGAUGAGUUGAAGGAGGGCUUCACCACAGGCAUGCAUAGAGACCUGGAGAUCUACCUGCCUGCAAUGGAGAAACAGCUGUCCAUACUGGACUCUCUCUAUGAGGAGUACGGCCUGGAAUCAGAUGAGAUUGUGUGACUAAAACAUUCAAACCUGCACAGUGAAUAGAGCUUGGUGCUGACAAAGCUGAUCGGUGUUUCAGCUGUGGAGUUGUACACUCUCUCGCUUGCAGUGAUAACCAAGCCUGAUUUGUGGAGGUUUGUGUUUAAGAAGGCAGGGAGGUUUCUGUAAGGCCAGGCUUGAUAUGACUGACCAAUAGGGAGUGUGUUAGAAAAUGUGACAUUUGCAGACUCUGACUCAAACACCAAUAACAGAUUUCCACAUCAAACUUACACCGAUCAGCCACAACAUUAAAACCACCUGCCUACUAUUGUGUAGGUCCCCCUCGUGCCGCCAAAACAGUGCCAACCCACAUCUCAAAAUUGCCUUCUGAGAUGUUAUUCUUCUCACCACAGUUGUACACAGACCGGUUGUCUGAGUUACCGUAGACUUUGUCAGUUGGAACCAGUCUGGACAUUCUCUGUUGACCUCUCUCCUCAACAAGGCCACAGAACUGCCGCUCACUGGAUGUUUUUUGUUUUUGGCACCAUUCGGAGUAAAGUCUAGAGACUGUUGUGCGUUCAAAUCCCAGGAGAUCAGCAGUUACAGAAAUACUCAAACCAGCCUGUCUGGCACCAACAAUCAUGCCACGGUCCAAAUCACUGAGAUCACAUUUUUUCAGCAUUCUGAUGGUUGAUGUGAACAUUAACUGAAACUCCUGACCCGUAUCUGAAUUAUUUUAUGCACUGCACUGCUGCAACAUGAUUGGCUGAUUAGAUAAUCGCAUGGAUGAUUGUUGGUGCCAGGCGGGCUGGUUUGAGUAUUUUUGUUUGAGUAGUACUUCUGAUCUCCUGGGAUUUUCACACAAAACAGUCUCUAGAAUUUACUCUGAAU